AUGGCCCUCGAGACUCAGACCAAGACCGUUGUCGGUCAGUUCGACUACUCGGACGAGGAUGUCAACAAGGGUGUCACAGAGUUCCUUCGUCAAAUGUCCGAAGGUCUCGAGAAGGAUGGUGCUAGCUUGAGCCAGAUUCCCACAUACGUCACUGCCGUUCCCAAUGGUACCGAGAAGGGCCUUUACAUGGCCGUCGACCUUGGCGGCACCAACUUCCGUGUUUGUUCGAUCCAGCUUAACGGCGACACCACCUUCCGUCUCACAUACACCAAGGUCGCCAUCCCCAAAGAGCUUAUGGUUGCCAAGACCGCUGAGGAAUUGUUCGCUUUCUUGGCGAAGCAGAUCGAAAUCUUCCUCAGGACACAUCACGGCGAGCACUUCGAGGCACACAUCCGGAGACGCAUGACCAUGAGCUCUCCCGAGGGCUUCAAGGACGAGAACGUCUUCCGUCUCGGCUUCACUUUCAGCUUCCCCGUCCAACAACUGGGUAUUAAUAAGGGUACACUCAUUCGCUGGACCAAGGGUUUCGACAUCCCAGACGCCGUUGGAAAGGAUGUCUGUGCUCUCCUCCAAACCGAGAUUGACAAGCUCCAUCUCCCCGUCAAGGUUGCCGCCCUCGUCAACGACACUGUUGGUACUUUAAUGGCUCGCUCCUACUCUUCCCCUGGCAAGAGCGGUGCUAUCCUCGGCGCCAUCUUCGGUACUGGCACCAACGGUGCUUACGUCGAGAAGCUCUCCAAGCUCAAGAAGCCUUUGGCCGGCGAGUACGACAAUUCUACCGGGGAGAUGGUCAUCAACACCGAGUGGGGCUCGUUCGACAACCAGCUCAAGGUCCUCCCCAACACACCAUGGGAUAUCCAGCUCGAUCAGGCCACCCCCAACCCCGGCAUUCAGAUGUACGAAAAGCGUGUCUCCGGCAUGUACCUCGGCGAGAUCUUGCGAUUGGCAGUCAUCGAUCUGCUUAAGAACCCAGACGUUGCUUUCUUCAGGGACGAGAACUCGAGCUCCAACGACUGGAGGUCUACCACCAAUAUUGCCGAACACUCUCCUCUCUUCAAGCAGUGGGGUGUCGAUACCUCGGUCCUGUCUGUCGCUGCCGCUGACACUACCCCCGAGUUGUCCAUCCUCCGCCAGGAGCUCGAGUCUAACCUCCACGUUUAUGCCCCAUCGUUGGAGGACGCCCAGGCUUUCAAGGCCAUUGCCUGUGCCAUCGGUCGCCGCGCUGCUCGUCUUUCGGCUGUUGCCAUUGCUGCCAUCGUUCUUCAGACCGGCAAGCUCACCGACCCCGAGCUAGAAGGCGAGCCCAUCGACAUUGGUGUUGACGGAAGCUUGGUCGAGCACUACCCCUACUUCCGCGACAUGAUCUACGAGGCUCUUCGUGCUAUUAAGGGCGUUGGUGAGGAGGGUGCCAAGCGCAUCCGUAUUGGUAUUGCCAAGGACGGAUCUGGUGUUGGUGCCGCUUUGAUCGCUCUCGUCGCCGCGGGAAUGGAGAAGACCACUUCCACCACCGACUUCAUCACCGACCUCCGUCUCAACGCCAAGAAGACCGAUCUGACAGCCGUGCCUGAGCACAGCGAGCUUAGCGAGCUUGCCGCCGCGGAAUAG